CUCGUUUUUCCCAUCUCAUAAUUGUGCGAAAACAUACCUUCCUAGCCUUAACAUUUGGGUACUACUGAAAUAGAGCAGCUUUGUCCGCGCGAGAGCGUCAAGGGCUACGUAGGUAACCGGUCUUUGAUUAUCAGUUCAUCCGCGCGCAAGUCGGUCCUGGCAUCAAGUCUUGGUUGACUUCAAUAUGGCCGCUUUCUGAACUUUCUCGAAGCUAUGUGCAAAAUGAUGUUCAGUGCUGAAAGCACAAGGCAAAAAACCUGUCCUUCACGACAGCUUCUCUGUUAUCGAUAAGAUACCGUAAGGAUAGACCAAAAUAUUUCCAGGCCCCCGCAAAACACCGAAACAUUCCUAAACUUACUCAAUCAUUGAACAAAAUGUCUCUCUGUGUCGCAUGCAACAAGCCUCUGAUGGUCGAGAUUGAGGCUGAUGAUGAGGAGCAAUACGAAAUGGCCGGCUCGUCCUCCGGCAAAGCACCAGCAGCAGAGCCGGAAACUGUUCCAGAUGAUGUGCAGCUGAAUUGCGGCUGCCACUUUCACUGGGAUUGUCUGUUAGAAGCCUACCAUGUCACCGAGUGCCCCAACUGCGGCAAGUAUAUUGCGUCCGUGUCACCAAGCGGCGAGCAGCAAGUUCUCUGCAACCUCAACAACGAGGGUGGUCUGCAAGAGAACCUCGACCUCCUUCCCCUGCUCACCGAAGAGAGCUACCUGAAAGCGUACCCCGAAGACCGCAAAUGCCGCGCAUUCCUCGAAUUCUGCCGCGAAGGCGACUACAAGGCCAUCAUUGGCAUGUUGCAGGACGAUGAAGUGGAGGAAGAUGACGAAGACGAAGAAAUGGCUGAUGAUGACCAGCCAGACAAGGAUGUCGGUAUCGACCGGCUGUUGAGAUACCAGGAUCCUAUCGGCGAGAUGCAAUCAGGUCUGCAUGCUGCUGUCCAGGCUCAGAGCAGGGAGGUUGCAUGGUUGCUGUUGCUGCUCGCGAGCAAUCUGGACCUCAUGCAGUUCCCACCUGAGGUCUUUCAAGAAGCAGCGGCGAUGGGUAUCAUGAGAGGACUUACAGAGGACAAAGUGGACAUCAGGAGUCUGCGAGACGCAAAUGGAAAGUCUGCGGAGGACUAUGCGAACGAGAUCGGCGGUGUCUGGAACGGUUGGACAGGUAAUGGAAGGCUGGACAUAUGAGAUUGCCUGCGAUACUAGCAGAUGUGUGCCAGUUGAUGGAGUGAUACCCGUUUAGUAGCAGAAGAGAAAAGUGCAAGCCUAUUAUGAAAAGUGCAAUUCGUUACUGAGGCUUCAGGAUAUUGCAUCGCAGGAAAAUGUCCAAGAUUGUGUUCAGG